AUGGCUUCAAACAUUUCGCUAGACAUUAAUACUAUUAAUGAUACCUUUUUACCAAUACAAAAUCAAGAUCAAUUUCGAGUUCAAAGUCAAGUUCCGUGUCAAGUUCAAAGUCAAGUUCUAAGUCAAGUUCUAAGUCAAGUUCAAAGUCAAAUUCAUCAAGAUGUCGUGUCUUUGAAUAAUAACACAAUGGUCAACAACACUUCAAUAGAUAUUCAAGAAUUUUUAUCUUAUUAUAAUUUAGAAAAUGAAUCAUCAACUAAUAUUGAAGAAUCAAAGAUUAAUACUAAUGGUGAUGGUAAUAAUAGUAAUAAUAAUGCUAAUUAUGAUGAUUAUUAUUAUGAGGACAACAAUUAUAAUCUUGAAAUCACAUUUGAUCAAAAUGAUACAAAAACACAAAUAAAGAAUAUUAUUGGGAAUAAUAAUAAUAAUAGUAUAAAGGAUAAUGAUAAAAUUUUAUCAAUGUUCUCAACUCAUAAUAAUCCUUAUGAAUCAAAACCACAAGAAGAAAGAGAAAUUAGACAAGAAGAAGAAAUAAUGCAAGAAGAGAUAAUACAAACGAAUGAUAAUCGUUAUCAUAGUAAUAGUUAUGACAAUCGCGAAGGAUAUGUUACAAUCGAGAAUUAUUCUCUUGAUGACAAUAAAGUUUUAUCCGAUAUGAGGAGAAAUAUGCAGAUGUUAAAUGAAUUGGAACAAAAAGACACAAGUUUGGCAUUAAGAUUUUACAACGACUUAAUUCCGGAACAGCAGCAGCAAGUGAAUACUUCACAUAUAUGA